AGUGGUUUUCGUAUUAUCUGUGCCUUUCGGACAUCCUCCCUUGUCCCGCUACACACUCGUCUUCACUUGUUCCACACGCAUCAGCAUUUGCACAGCUACGUCCAGUACCGUGAGAAUACCGCUUUCAUCCAUGGAUAUGUAUCAUUAUACAGCGCUUGAAUCCGAGAACUCGGAUUUCCGACUCUUGAAGCUACUGAGAGGGAGUGGCUCUGAACUCGAAUGCGAGCUCUCCCCGCAGUCACUGCAAAACUUACACCUUCCAUACGAAGCUCUUUCCUACACAUGGGGUAGCAGCGAGCUUGUGGAGUGUAUAAAACUUAAUGGAAAGCCAUUUUGGAUAACGGAUAACCUAUAUGCGGCACUGCGAAACCUGCAGUUACACGAUAGGGAUCGCAUUCUGUGGAUCGACGCGAUUUGUAUAAAUCAAGAAAACAAAGCGGAACAGAGUCAACAAGUCCAGCAGAUGGGGCAAAUAUAUGAAAAGGCUGAAAAACUUCUCAUCUGGUUAGGCAAGGCGACACCGCAAAUCAUCGCCUUGAUGGAAACACUCAGCCAAUUUCGAAACACCGAUCCUGAUUAUCACUACAAGCCAGAAACGUUCAAAGACUGGAAUUGGAAGGAUCAUUCCAUCGCAAUCAAGCAACUUUUGAAUCGAGAAUGGUUUACAAGGGUCUGGAUCCUACAAGAGGCAGCCAAAGCCCACAGAGCCGAUGUCUGCUGUGGCGUUCGGUCCAUUCCAACGGAAAUUUUUGUCCUCGCACUCUCCUUUGUAGAGCAAAAGUUUCCGCCACACUGUCAACCUGUAUUAGACAUAAUGGCAAAGUCAUUCCGGUCAAGUUCCUGGUGGGCACAAACACCCAACUUACACACCCUUCUGCACAAGUUUCAUGGGAGCAAAGCAACUGAUGAACGCGAUAAGAUAUAUGCCCUGCUUGGUAUGUCUUCAAAUCCUCUAGACACGAAAAACAUCACCAUAGACUACCAAAGGCCGACCUCCAAGGUUGUUCACGAGGCUGUUGCAUAUCUGCUCCAAUCGACGCAAACAAAUCAAUCAAACACAUUCACUAUGAACGAUGUCCUCGAUAUCAUGUGUUCCUUUACGACACUGGACGUUACCUAUUUCGUUUCAGCACAAGAAAUUUCUACAGAGGCGACCUCCUCUAAUCGUCCAUCAGGAUACGAGACGAUUGAGCCAUAUCAGGCCGAGAUCAAGUUUUCAGGCAUAGCAGUUGUCAAUGACCCAACAAUUCUCUUGUUUGAGGAAAGGCCAGAGGAGAGCCUCGAGGACCAGAAGACAUGCUACAGUCAGAUAGUCGGGCUCAUGCCAGAUCAGCAAUCUACCAGAGCUGUGCAAGACUAUGAUGAAGCACUGCAUAUACUUUCGUGGGGGAAUGCAGGGCAUCAUGUAAAAGUGGCCGUAAUAAGCGAUAAGCCAAAGGCCAUAUUGAAGGCUGCAAUGAGAGGAUAUGAUCAAGUUGUCAGACGGUUGCUGCAUAUAAAACUAGGAGUUGCACAAGAAGAAGAAUGCGAGGCGCUCGUACUACAGAAGGUUGUUACAAGAAGACUUGCAGGACUAUUACCAUUUCUUCUCAACACAGAAAUAGACGUCAAUGCCCAGGGUGGAGAGUACGGGAACGCACUUCAAGCUGCUGCUUCUCGUAGUAGUAAUGAAGAAAUAGUGAAGAUACUGCUUAACGCAGGCGCGGACGUCAAUGCCCAGGGCGCGGACGUCAAUGCCCAGGGUGGAGAGUAUGGGAACGCGCUUCAAGCUGCUUCUCGUAGUGGUAAUGAAGAAAUAGGGAAGAUGCUACUUAACGCAGGCGCAGACGUCAAUGGCCAGGGCGGAUACUAUGGGAACGCACUUCAAGCUGCUAAAAAUAAUAGACCUGAUACAUAUAGAAACCCUCAAACCGAGAUGGUAGUGGAGAUGCUGCUCGACGCAGGCGCAGACGACACCGACCAAGAUGGAGAACAAAGUUGGAGCUAA